AUGAUCAUAAUUAAGAAAAUGGCCUCCGAGAAGAAGUCAUUCUCUCUAAAGGUCCUAGGUCCUCUCUUGUUCCUGCUGUUCCCCUUAUGUGGGCUCCAUGUACACAGCCAGAACAUUUCCUGGAGGGAAUUCAUGAAACAGCAACACCUGAGCACAAGCUGGAAAUUCAUUGAGUACAGAUGCAAUGAUCUCAUGAGAGAAAGAGAAGCUCCAAAAGACAGGAACUAUCACCUCUUCAUCUAUACCUUCUGGCACAAAAUUGAGCACAUAUGCAUCAGGAACUGGAGAGAUCGCUACAGAAAUGUAUACAUAUGGGCCCAAUAUCCCUUCAAAAUAAUAAAAUGUUACUCGGUGAAUAACAAAAAGUGUUACAAAGAGCACAGGAGCCACAGCUGUUUUACUCCUAUUUUUAUUUAUAAAUCUUUAAAGGUUCAGCUCACAUGGCAUCUCUUUUUACUAUCCCAGGAAUUUUCCUGA